AUGAGUGAUGCCUAUGAGCGUGAGCGGCAAAACAAUGCGCUCCUCGAGUCUCUUUCGCAGAAAACAAAUGCUUUAAAGUCCGUUACUAUAGAUAUCUACGACAACGCACAAAACCAAGAAACAAUCGAUAGUACUAGCGAAGUAUUUUCCUCCUUAUCUACGAAUCUGAGAGGUAGCGCGGGUCGCCUAACCCGCGCCGCAAGGCAGGGUGAUAAAGUGGCAGUUUUGAAAGUCGCCGGCAUCGUGGCAGGUGCCGGUGUCGGCGCUUGGGUUGUUCUGGGCUGGAUAUUCUAG